GUUUGUUUUUCACAAGGCAAGGACUGCCCAUUGUAAUUGAUAGAUUACGUCUACGACCAUCUUUUGUCAUUGUUUUACUUUCUCUAAACCCUAAAGUGGGUACCCAGUAUAUCCACACCGCACAACGGAAAGUUUCGUGCACUCCACAAUCCACACAAUGAUUCCCCAUUCCCAGCGACCGACUCAGCCCCACAACCGACUUUUCAAACUCACAAACCGUCAAUAAAGCCAUUUUGGGCAAGUGUUCACACGAGUCACACACAUCAUACACACGCCUCUCUCUCUCUCUAUAAUUAUAUAUAUAUAGACACAUACAACAUGUAGGCAGAGAUUGUUACUACAAACAACCAAAAAAAGAAUGGAAAACACGGCACCAAAGAAUCACCCAAUGGGCUGGUCAAAGUUCGUGUGCAAGAGGCACACGAACCACGAUCAAUCACCAGGUGUUUGUUCAGUUUGUCUGAGAGAGAAACUCUGUCAAUUGUCAACCACUUCAUCCAUGGCCUCUUCUUGUUCUUCCAAGUCGUCUUCGUCUUCCCGCUACUCGUCUUUCGGGACAUCUCCGGCGAGUCACCGUCAUCGCUCGGAGGCAAAAGGGUCUAUUUCUUUCUUGAAGAGUGGCAAGGAUGUGCUCAGCAAGAGUAGGUCUACGGUUUUUGUUCCGAGAAUCGGAAGAGAGGCGGUGGACGGAAAGAAGAAACGCGGGUUUUGGUCGAAGUUGCUUCGCCGGAGAAGUAAGAGGAAGGAUGAAGGUUUGGUACAGCACUCAGUUAUCACGAGGGAGAUGAUGAGCACAAGGUUUUAAUAAUUAGUUUUUUUUUUUUUUUAGUGUACAAAACAUUGUAGAAAAAAAGGAUAAUAAGAAUAAGAGAAUGAAAAAAAGAGAGAAAUUUUAUCAUUCUAUGAAGAAACUCUCCAAUAUUCUGAAUAAAUUAAGUUGUCAAUUAAGUAGCCAUUUUUCGAGAUUCGAAUAACUUCUCCGACUCUUUUAAUGUUAGUGUUUAUUGAUCUCUAAAUAUUUUUUAAUUAUUUUUUAUU